AUGGGAUCAGCGGCUGAGUUUCAAGCUAUGGUGUACUUUUGCGAUCUUAUAUCCUCUCCUUCCCAAGGAAGAAAAUACACCUGGUCUAAUAAUAGGCGUCAUGGGAAUGUUUCAGCCACUCUUGAUCGAAGCUUCUUCAACUUUGAAUGGCUUCACAUGUUUCAUGAUUGUGCCCAAUCAGUGCUCCAGCGAUCGGUAUCUGACCAUGCCCCUUUGCUCAUCCGCUCUGAGGUACUAUCUAAACCAAAUAAUAUCCCCUUUCGUUUCCAUAAAUUUUGGAUGGACCAUAGUGAUUUCCUUCAGGUGGUUCAAGAGGUGUGGAAAGAUGUCAGGGUUGGGUGCCCGAUUCUAGGUCUUGCCCAAAACCCCAAGAAGUUGAAGCCGAUUCUCAAGAGUUGGGCCAAAACUGAGUUUCCAAAUUUUUAUUUGGAAAAGGACAUAGCUAAUUCAGAGCUUGAUGCUGUCCAAUCUUUAAUUGAGCAUCAAGGCAUGAAUGAGGAGCUUUUUUCUAAAGAAGCAGAUGCCAAGACUAGACUCUUUAAAGCCAUGGAGAGCCAUGAAAAGUUGUGGUCUGAGAAGGCAAGGAUAAGAUGGAUGAAAAGAGGGGACCGCAACUCUAAAUUCUUCCAUCUUUCUAUAAAAGUUCGUCGUGCAAAAAAUAUGAUUAGAAAUCUGAAAAGGGAAGAUGGCUCAAUGACCACCGACAGCUUUCAAUUACCCUCGCAUGUAUCAGAUUUUUAUGAAAACUUUCAUAAAUGCCAGCCAACUAUAGACCAUUUUGAGCUUCUUGACUGUGUGCCAAAGGAGAUUUCUGAUGUGGAUCAAUCUAUGCUAGAUUCCAUUCCAACUUCUGAGGAAAUCAAAAGGGCAGUUUGGGACCUUGAUCCGGAUAGCUCCCCAGGUCCAAAUGGGUUCCCAGGGGCUUUCUUCAGGAAAUGUCGGGACAUUGUGGGUAACAAUUUUUGUGGUGCUGUUAAGAGCUUCUUCCGCAGUAAGAAUUUUCCUAGAGGGGUAAAUAAUAGUUUCUUGACUCUCAUUCCUAAAGUCCAAGGUGCAAACUCAUUGAACAAGUAUUGUCCGAUUUGUAUGGCUAAUUUUUUCUAUAAAGCUCUUUCUAAAAUCAUGGCUUCUAGAGUUUCUGAUCUUCUUCCAAGAUUGGUGUCUCUAGAAAAAGGAGCUUUUCAAAGAGGGAAGAUUAUCUCUGCAAAUAUUGGUUUGGCCUCUGAGUUAGAGAACCUCAUGCACUCAUCUAUUUGUGGUGGAGGAAUGGGUAUCAAACUCGACAUCCAAAAAGUGUUUGAUACUCUAUCUUGGAAUUUUUUAUUUGCCACUCUACAGAAAUUUGGUUUUUAA